AUGCCUCCUCUCCUCCUCCUCCUCCUCCUCACCUCUUCUCUCCACUUCCUCUCCCCCUCCUCCGCCGCCACCAUCGCCGAAUUCCAGGAACCAAUCGGACCUCUAAUCGUCCACCCCCUCCUCCAAUUCCUCGACGGAACGAACUCCUCCUUCCUAAUCAACCUCCACCCCUACCACAUCCUCAAAAUCAACUCCGAAAUUCCGAUCGAAUUCGUCCUGUUUCAAACGAAUCCGUUCAAUUUCCGCGACGACGUCACCGGAGCCAGACACCGCAACCUCUUCGAUGUGACGGUCGACGCAAUCAUCGCCGCCAUGGCGGCGUCAGGGAAGGAGAAUGUGCCGGUGAUCUUGGCGGAGACAGGCUGGCCGACCGGAUCGGAGGCGGAGGACGCCGGAAACUACGCCGAGAUGUACUUGCGCGGCCUGAUAACGCAUCUCCGAUCUGGAUCUGGAUCUGGAACGCCUCUGUUUAAUGAGGGGAUUCAGAGAGGUACAAUCAGCAGUUCGAAUGGUACAAGAAGCGAUGCGGCUGCGGGAGAGUGGGGGAUUUUGUACCCAAACAUGACGAUGAAGUACAGAUUCCGUUUCUCCGAUGGGAUACGUUGUAUCAUCCGAGGUUGGCUCGAUUUCUUGCUGUGA